AUGCCACCACUCACAGUGUUGGUGAUCGGUAGGGGGGCAAAUCGAGGCAUCGGCUUCGAACUUGCACGAAAGCUGACCGUCAAUGGUCACCAAGUAUUCGGCACGUACCGGCCUGUGACCAGAGAUGACCCAACAGUGCAACAGUUGAAAGCAUACAAGAUCCCGACCUUUGAAGUCGACCUCACGGACGAGGACUCCAUCAUGCGACUCGCAGAGGACUACGCUACCCAUCCGAGAGGAGGAGCUCUCGAUGUCCUAAUCAAUUGUGCCGGCAUUUACUUCCCCCUUUCCGAUCGUCCGUUCCAGGCGUUCACGGCCGACGACCUCCUCGAGCACUUUAAAGUCAACACCAUCGGCCCCUUCCUCACAUCCAAACACCUAACACGCUCCCUCCGAGGCUCCCCGUGGGGCGGCCGAAUUCUCAACAUCAGCAGCGACGCCGCCAGCAUCGCCGACAACACCGGCGGCAACCUCCCCUACCGCCUCUCCAAGACCGCCCUCAACCAGCUGACCGCCACCAUCGCCGCCGAGGGAACCCGCCCCUCCCUGUUCGAGGACGGCUACUCCUCCCUCGAAGCCGCCGUGGGCGGUGUGGUCGGCGCUGGCAACAUCGCAAACGGCGGCGGAGGCGCAGGCGCACUCACGGCCAUAAGUGUGCAUCCCGGCCACACGGGGUUUUGGAAACGCGAUGACCUCGAACGGUGCGUCGACGGCGUGGCGGCUCUCGUGGAGAGGUUGUGUGACGGUGAUGACGGGAGGAAGGGGGGCAGAGGACGGGAGUUGGAGGCGGGCGCGUUCUAUCGGUGGGAUGGGAAGAAGUUGAGCUGGUGA